CAAUCUAUUUAUACAUCCGAAGACAGAACCAAGUAUUCAAUUCACCAAGUAGAGUAAAUAAAGCAAAUCCAAACCUGAAUCUGAGCAUCUAUAACAUUUUUUCAGAAGCUUCAAAUUUUAGUUUUCCAGACACGAGAAAUGGUUUUGUUCAGAGGUCUCUUGGGUGCAAAGAAGAUCAUUGGCGUUUCUGUAGCGGUUACAAGCAAACAGACCGUUUCAGCGCCAAAGGGGUUUCUUGCAGUGUACGUUGGUGAAGACCAGAUCCAGAAGAAGAGAUAUGUGGUGCCAAUCUCAUAUUUAAACCAGCCUUCGUUUCAAGCUCUUCUCAGCAAAUCCGAAGAAGAGUUUGGAUUUGAUCAUCCAAUGGGUGGCUUAACGAUCCCUUGUCCUGAAGAUACCUUCAUUAGUGUGACGUCAAGGUUUCAAUGAUGAUGUUCCAAAAGAAGAAAAAACUAACGUUAGUUAGAGAUAUAAUCAUACAAUGUAAAUAUGUUAACGUUUAACAAUGUGAAAGAGUUAAAUAAUGUGAAUAGUUUCAGAAUGUUUUUUUCUCCCAAGUUAAAUGAAUGUGCAACCAAAACACAAACCAUGAAAAGCUAACGAGCCUUCAAUUUUUUUU